AAAAUGAAUUCUGUUAACUCCUCCUGACAGCGAAAUGUUAUAAAUGGCUAUAAAAACGAAACCUGAUUCGUCCUGGAAUUGCCAAAGGGGGUGUGUGAGUCAUCAAGUGAUCCUGGUCAUCCUUGCUCUGUUGCCUGCUAUUGUACAAUCCCGGAUUGCUUACAGCCAGCAUCAUCUGGUUGUACAAGAAGGGGAGAAUGUGGUAUUUGAUCAGUGCCCAUCGCCACCAGACUCAGACGGUCACUGGGGAUAUAAAAGGAGUCUUGAGACCAAGGAUUAUAGCGAAUGUUGGGGAAAGUGUAGCACGUGUUCGUCACGUGUACUCAUCAUCUCUGACGUCAUCAGAAGUUGUGGUGGAUAUUAUCAGUACAACACGUCACCGGAUAGCAAUGGCACAAGAUGGAGAUGUGAUUUACAGUUGGACGUAUACUACCCUCCGAGCCCAAUUCAUAUAGACAAUCCUCAACCUCAGGUGUUUGAGGGUGAUGACGUCACGAUGACGUGUAGCACUGAUGACGUAGGCAACCCUCCUGGUAACUUCACCGGACGACAGUUUCCUAAAACCAUGGGAACUCAAAACUCCACCAGUCUGCGUCUGCAAGCUACGAGGGAGCAGGACGGAGAAGAAAUCGUUUGUGAAUUUCAGUACAGACGCUUCAACCAAACGAGGAGUAACACGACGACUACAAUGUUAACAGUGUUCUAUCUUCCCGAAACUGUGUCAAUCAAAGAACAACAUUCCGUUACCACAUUCAACGUUGGUGACAACGUUACACUGCAGUGCAUCAUGGGAAGCUCUAAUCCCGACGUCCCUACAAUAUCAUGGUGGAAGGAUGACGUCAUAUUACGAGGCGAAACUUUCAGAAUCUUUUCGAAAAACUCUGUUAGCGUGCAAGAUAGCGGGAAGUACAAAUGUAAAGCUACCAUCCAAGCUCUCGGUCAACAGAAAUCCAAGGAAAGCAAAGGAGUUUACAUCAGUGUGACGUCACCAGCCAAGCCAAUCUUCCGCUGUAGAACACAUGACAUCCUCGUGAAUUUGAACCCGUACCAUCUCCACUUCCUGCCACUCAUCAGUUGA